GCUUCGAUCUCUUCUUCGCUUUAAUCUGUCUGUGUUGGAUCCUUAUGAUCUAUCUCUCUUGCAUUAUAUCUGAUGUUUAGAGACUGACGUUUAAACAAACUCGAUUCUUCAUUUCGUCUCAGUUUUUUUUUUUUCAGGAUUGAUGAUGGAGGCUUCUGUUAUUACUCCUGGACAGAUAUCGUUCCUUCUUGGAGUGUCUCCCAUCAUUGUUUCGUGGAUAUACUCAGAAUUCCUUGAAUAUAGGAAAUCCUCAGCUCUUUCUAAAGCUCAUUCAGACAUCAAUCUAGCUGACUUGGGAGGUGAGACAGUAAGAGAAGAUGAUCAAGCCGUUCUAUUGGAAGGAGGUCUGGCUAGAACAGCAUCUGCAAAGAUACAUAAUUCAUCCAUCACAACAAAUUUGAUAAGGUUUUUUACACUGGAUGACACUUUCUUGCUAGAAAAUCGAGCUACCUUGAGAGCAAUGUCUGAAUUUGGAGUGAUUCUUUUGUAUUUCUUCAUAUGCGACCGUACGUCUAUCCUGGCAGAAUCGAAGAAGAAUUACAGCCGUGACCUCUUUCUCUUUCUCUACAUUCUACUCAUCAUUGUUUCAGCAACAACAUCAUUAAAAAAGCACAGCGACAAGUCAGCAUUUUCUGGGAAAUCUAUUCUUUACCUUAAUCGCCAUCAGACAGAAGAGUGGAAAGGAUGGAUGCAGGUUCUUUUCUUAAUGUACCAUUAUUUUGCUGCUGCAGAGAUAUACAAUGCAAUACGCAUUUUUAUUGCUGCAUAUGUUUGGAUGACCGGAUUUGGAAAUUUUUCGUAUUAUUACAUCAGAAAGGAUUUUAGUGUUGCUCGCUUUGCUCAGAUGAUGUGGCGGCUAAAUUUCUUUGUUAUCUUUUGCUGUAUCGUUCUCAACAAUGAUUAUAUGCUGUACUACAUCUGUCCAAUGCAUACACUUUUCACUCUCAUGGUUUAUGGAGCUCUCGGUAUUUGUAAUAAGUAUAACGAGAAAAGAUCAGUGAUAGCAGUGAAGAUUCUUGCUUGCUUUCUUGUGGUAAUUCUCAUUUGGGAAGUUCCUGGUGUUUUCGAUGCAUUUUGGAGUCCUUUGACAAUCCUUUUAGGUUAUACUGAUCCUGCAAAACCUCAACUCCCUAAAUUGCAUGAAUGGCAUUUCAGAUCUGGACUCGACCGAUAUAUUUGGAUUAUCGGAAUGAUCUAUGCCUAUUUUCAUCCCAAUGUUGAGAAAUGGAUGGAGAAGCUAGAGGAAGCUGAUACCAAGAAGAGAAUCUCUAUAAAAGCGUGCAUAGUUACAGUUGCCCUGUCCGUUGGUUAUAUGUGGUAUGAGUGGAUAUAUAAGCUGGACAAAAUUACAUAUAACAAGUAUCAUCCUUACACAUCAUGGAUUCCUAUAACUGUUUAUAUUUGCCUGCGGAAUUUUACCCAGCAGAUCCGAAACUACUCUUUGACGCUCUUGGCGUGGCUUGGCAAGAUUACCCUUGAAACUUACAUUUCACAGUUUCAUAUAUGGCUGAGAUCAAAUGUACCCAAUGGACAGCCUAAGUGGCUUCUUUCUAUCAUUCCAGAAUAUCCUAUGCUCAAUUUCAUGCUCACUACAGCAGUCUAUGUAUUUCUCUCUCUUCGGAUAUUUGAAUUAACAAACACACUUAAGGCGGCCUUUAUUCCCACAAAAGACGAUCGGCGUCUACUGCAUAAUUUACUUGCCGCUGGUGCAAUUGGUUUAUGUUUAUACAGCAUCUCAUUGAUUUUCUUCGGUUUCUUCAUUUGACGAUAUUAUUGUGAAUGCAAAGAGCCAUUUCUACAUUGUUUAUUUCCAGUUUGAAAUGUGCAAAAGUGAAAGGAGAUGAAAUUUUUUGGUUGUAUAUCCAACUCGUUCGAUAGGCUUCCUUCAGCUGUCCUUUUCCUCUUUGAAGCUUCAAAGACGAGUCUGUAGGAAACAUAGCAAAAGUUCUUUUCUGCUUUCAAAUUUCAACUCCCCCCACAAAAGAAGAGAAGUAUUGCCGAUUUUGGUGAAGUUGCCUUGGCCUUUGAUGUAUUAUAAUUAUUCAAAAUUGAAGUUCUGCCGAAAUUAUUGAUAUGUUCGUCAUUAUCAUAAAUUCUUCUUAGUAGUUUGCCCCAUUUUUUGUCUAUGAAACACAACAUUUUCCCUACUUUUGCGUUCUUGCAAUCUUCACCAAUGAGAAAAGGUAAGAACUUGGAAAACUUUAGAGAAAAAUAGAACAGAGGUUCUUAUUUCAUGUGGUUUUUGCAGACUUUUUUGUACACUUUUUAGUCCCUUUGUUGUGGCAAUUUUGUAUUUGGAAA